UUCAGAUUAUAUACGGGAGAAAGAUGGGCUGUGGGCAGUGCUUGCAUGGCUGUCCAUCCUAGCAGUGAGGAGGCAAAGUGUAGAAGACAUUAUGACAGACCACUGGAGGACCUAUGGGAGGAACUACUACACCAGAUUUGACUAUGAGGAAGUGGAUUUAGAUGCGGCUGUGGAGAUGAUGCUGGAUCUGGAGCUGAUGUUUUCAGACAGGGCAUUCAUUGGGCAAGUGUUUACUAUGGGGGAGAAGAAAUACCAAGUGGAGGCGGCAGACAGUUUUGAGUACAGUGACCCUGUGGAUGGAACCAUUUCAAGAAAUCAGGGUUUGCGGAUCAUUUUUAAAGGAGGUUCUCGCAUCAUCUUUCGUCUCAGUGGUACUGAUAGUUUCGGAGCUACAGUUCGUCUGUAUAUUGACAGUUAUGAGAGAGAUAUAAACAAGCUCUUUCAGGACCCACAGGUGGCGCUGGCGGAGCUCGUCACCAUUGCCCUGCAGCUUUCACAGAUACAUGAAAGAACCGGGCGAAGAGGCCCUACUGUUAUUACAUGAAUAUAUUAAAUCUCAAAUUUACA